UCAACUCCCUCCCUCCAUUAAACAAACCCCCUUCAUUCUUGACUCUCAGACUUUCCCCUUCAUUCCCUCUGUCCGGUUCUCCUUCCAAACCCACCCAUGAGGAACACGAAUCCUAUUCCUCAUUCCAACUCUCCCUAAAAAACCAAACCCACUUCUUCUAUUCCUUUAUUCCCUUUUUCAUUUCUUCCAAUGGGCAACGCCAUCGCAAAGGUCUCUCACUGCUGCUCUGUCGCCGGCGAUGUCUCCAGGCGCCACGACGUCGACGUCGUCUCCCCCGACGAGGGUCUCGGCCACUCCUUCUACUACAUUCGCCGCCCAGAAAUAAUCUCCCCCACGACCUCGUUUGAGGCUUCCUCUGAGGAGUUCCCCAACCCGGCUACCACCACGUUCCGGUCAAUCUCCGGCGCCUCCGUCAGCGCCAACACGUUCACGCCGCCGUCUACUACACUAUAUGAUCUCUACCCCGACAGCUCCGGUGGUCUCGAUCGUGCUGCUAGGUUUGAGAGCUCUACUUCGUUCGCUUCGAUUCCUCUGCAGCCGGUUCCUCGGAACCCGGGACUUCCGGGGUCCGGUCCUGCUGAAAGAGGCUUCUUGUCCGGUCCGAUCGAGCGGGGGUUCAUGUCCGGUCCGAUUGACCGGUUGGUGUGUUCGGGUCCGAUUGAGAAGCAGUCCGAGAAGAUGGAGAGAAGCCUCUCUUUUGGGCUUGAGAAAAAGCCCAAGAGAAGGAAUUUGAUGAGGAUGAUAAGAAGAGCGAUUUCGAAGAGUAUGAAUCGGCGGCACAAGUCGGCUGUGACGCCGAAAGAAACGGAGUCGGAGAAAAUCGGCGAGGAGUUGAAUCCGAGUAGUACUAACUUGAGCAGCCAUGCGAGUUUGAGUGGAAAUGAGAAUGGGAUUGGGGAUUUCUCAAUGGAAAGUCAGAAUCUUCAGUGGGCUCAAGGGAAGGCGGGUGAGGAUCGAGUUCAUGUUGUGGUUUCUGAUGAGCAUGGUUGGGUGUUCGUGGGGAUUUAUGAUGGGUUUAAUGGCCCUGAUGCUCCUGAUUAUUUGUUGUCUAAUCUUUACUCUGCUGUGCAUGAGGAGCUCAAGGGAUUGCUGUGGAGUGACAUGUUGGAAAUCGAAUCCAUGGAUUUGAAAUCAUCGGAGUCGAAUGUGGUUUCGUGUUCUUUUAGUGAGGUUGGCUGCAUUGAUGGAGUUGAUAAGGAGAAUUGUACAGUGGAGAAUGUGUUGUCAAAUAGAAAACAGAGCAGGCAUUUGAGGAAUGAAAGUAAUGAGAUGGAUAAUAAGUGGGAGGAGAGUCAGAGGAGAUGGAAGUGUGAAUGGGAUAGAGAAAGGCCAGAGCUUGAUAGGUUAACUAAGGAGAACUUGAAGCUUAAGGUGUCAAAUGGUGUGGCAGCUGCGAACCCCUCGGAUGUUCUCAAGGCUCUUUCGGAGGCAUUAAGAAAAACUGAAGAGGCCUAUUUGGAUGUUGCGGAUAAGAUGGUUACGGAAAAUCCUGAGCUGGCUCUGAUGGGGUCUUGUGUGCUGGUGAUGUUGAUGAAGGGAGAUGAUGUUUAUCUGAUGAAUGUUGGGGAUAGUCGUGCGGUUUUAGCUCAGAAAGCCGAUCCCAAGAUCAAGCGAAACUUGGAACGGAUUAAUGAGGAAGCUUUAUGCGAACGUCGAUCAUCUAGUGCUGAUGAGCUUUACAGUUUAAACAAUUUGACUUCGGUUCAGCUGACAAUGGAUCACAGCACAAGUGUGAAAGAGGAAGUUCGAAGAAUAAGGAAUGAACAUCCAGAUGAUGCUACUGCAGUGAUGAAUAAGAGAGUGAAGGGUUAUUUGAAGGUCACUCGGGCAUUUGGUGCCGGCUUUCUAAAACAGCCAAAAUGGAAUGAUGCACUGCUAGAGAUGUUUAGACUCAAUUAUGUUGGGACUGCCCCCUACAUUACAUGUAUACCAUCACUGUAUCACCACAAACUCAGACCAAGAGACAGACUCUUAAUAUUGUCCUCUGAUGGACUCUAUCAGUACUUCACCAAUGAAGAAGCCGUCUCCGAAGUAGAGUUGUUCAUCUCUUCCUUUCCUGAUGGUGACCCUGCACAACAUCUGAUUGAAGAAGUGUUGUUUAGAGCAGCAAAGAAAGCUGGACUGGCCUUCCAUGAACUGCUUGACAUCCCACAAGGCGAACGUCGUCGGUACCAUGAUGACAUUUCCAUUCUUAUUAUUUCACUUGAGGGAAGAAUAUGGCGUUCAUCGCUUUGAAUAAUACAUACUGCAAAUACAAAUUACAGCCACGAGAAGGGUUGGAUGGCCGGUUUUGAGUUUUGACAUUCAUUGCUUCAUUUGUACCUUUUAUCCCCCAUUAUCUUUGUAACAUACCCAUUACGCUGCAAAUAGCUGCCGAUUGAUUAGCAUGUAAAGGUUUGGAGAACAGAAAGCCAGAAAGGCGUUAAACAAAGUGUCCUGGUUUGGUCCGAAAAUGUAAUACAAAAUGAGUAACCCUUGUACGA